AUGUACUCCACUUUCUCCGCCAACUUCAAUACCACGAUCGACGCCUCCCGUGACAGAUCGGCCACGCCUAUCACAGCUCCACGACCCAAGCGCAGCCAGGUCGCUCGGGCGUGUGACUGGUGUCGGCUCAAUCGCAUUAGAUGCGAUGACAAGCAACCAUGUCAGAACUGCUUGAACCGAGGAGGUACCUGCAGCAACACAAAGCCACAGGAGGCCACCUCGCUCCCGGCUGCAAACCGAGAGAUGCAACGGUUACGGAAUAAAAUCAAGGACCUGCAGGAUCAAAUCGCGAAACUCAAAGAAGGACCGGAAAUCCAAACAGACACGGGUUUCGCGACGCCCCCACUGUCGGAUGCUGCCCACACCUCAUUCGAUUUUGCGGAGCUCACAAAUACUACGGAAGGAUGGCAAGGAGUUCAGCAGACGGGCCAGAUUUACUACGGGCCCUUGUCGUCCUCAUAUUUUGUAUCCCGAAUCAGUCGCCAUCUCUCUCAAGCACUUGACCAGCCAUUGGAAGAUGCGAAGUUGGAGGCAUGCAUGGCACGCUUUCAUUAUAUUGCGCCGACUCAUCAACCCUCUCGAUGGGAUGCAAGCCCGGCCAGCCAGACGGAUCAACAUCCGGACGAAAACGAAGAGGUCGAGGAUCUGACACGGUUACAAGAGGAACACUUUCUCGCACUGUUCUGGCAGUCCUUUCAUUGUGUCUAUCCUGUCCUCGACGAACGCGAGUUUCGGCAAUAUUAUGACUCAUUAUGGUCCAGCUCGGCCGAUAAUAUGUCAACCAGGAAGCCAUCCGCCUUAGUCGAUGCGCUAUUGGCAAUCUGUAUGCAGUACGGCAGUACGUUUUUCGUCAGUGCGGACAAUCAGCAGGGAGAUAUGGAGUCUGGGUGGCAGGCCAAAAACGCAAAUCUAGUCAGUCGAACUUACUACCAGAGGGCCCAGAGACUUCUGCAGAGUGAGCUCGAAAGUCCAACCAUCAAGGCCGUGCAGAGUCACAUCUUUUCGAUUGUCUACUUGUACAACACUUCCCUGUUGAAUACUGCGUAUGUUAAUCUAGGUGCCACGGUUCGAAUCGCCCAAGCGCUGCGGCUGCAUAUGCGCCCGCUGGACGGGACCUCCCCCGAGCAGCAGGAGCUACAGCGUCGCAUUUGGUGGACACUCUAUCGACUCGACAACCAGGUUUCGAUGACCCUUGGUCGGCCGCCACUCAUUCAUCUGUCCCAUGUCAGCUGUGGGUUGCCCGGAGAUGGUCGUGAGCACGCCCAACUAUCUGGCACAGUCCUCCUCUCCGAUCAUGAGGACAUCAGCUGGCUUAGCUUCCAUGUGCAGUGCACCAAGCUCGUAUUUCUCGUCCAGGGCGUGCAGACAGCAUUACACCGAAAAUGUUCCCAGUUGCUGAAUGGGGAGAAGGCCAAGGAUCUAUAUGAGGACCCGCGCGUCCUUGAGACCUUGGCUGAGUUUCUCGGACAGGAGAUGACGGCCAUCCAUAAUUGGGUUCAAAAUGUGCCGCAGAACCUAUGUAGUGCUCGUAAGGGGACGGGGGCCCCCUUCUCCACCAAUCGGGACGCUCUGAACCUGUGUCCAUAUAGUCCGCUCUGGCUGCAGCGCCAACGCGUCCUGCUGGAGCUCCACUAUCACCAUCUUGUGAUCUCGACACUGCGCCCCUUCAUCCGAUUCCCUCCCGUAAGGUCUUCCACGACCCCACGGACCGACGGUUACAAUAUCUCCUGUUUGAACCACGCCAUGACGAUCACCAGUAUCCUAAACCAAGUGCUCUCCGGGACGGAUCUCCUUCGCGGCUGGUCGUGCGUCUUUCAAUUCCAGUGGGAUGCCAUCCUGUGUACCUUAGGCUUUGUGCUCUCCAAUUCGGUUUGUCCCCCGACUCCUUCUGCCCGUAAAUCACUGCAGACGGCGAUUAGCACGCUAGAACUCGUGAGCGAUCACAUUUUGGCAGCCAAAAAUGCGGCGCAGGUCGUCCGCGAAGUCUGUUGUCAGGCGGAUCGACUCAUCAACAGCGUCCAACAAGCUCUGACCGGGCGACCAGCGCCGCGUGCCAGCCAGUCCUUGUCCACCAAAGUCCAGAAUCAAAGGCCGUCGAACCAGACCUCAUUCGUCGAGCCCGGACGAUCGGAGGCCCGGUCCAACUCCCUUAAGCGAGCGCUGCCACCGACUACCCUGGAGGAGUCCCAUCAGCUAAUGCCCAACUUUGAGGAGCGUAUGCAAUUAAUGGAUAUGAUGCCUAUUGGGUCACUAGCCGAGCUAUCCCCGACUUUGGGGACGACGGAUUCUCUGUCGAUGCCGGCUACGUCUGCAGACAUGGUCAUUGGCACUGAAGCUCAGUGGCUGCACGCUAGUACGAUGAUCAUGGAUUCUUGGACCACAAACUCGUGA